UCCACAGUCCCGUGUUUAGUGACUGAAAAGCUCCAAGCAUGAUUAAAUAAGAGCCCCUUUAAGGGACAAAACUGGACAUCCAAAGCCAGUAUUGACGGCCACCAUGAAGGCUUUGCUCACCUUCGUGACAUUUCUUGGCUUCUUCACCCCCGUGACUGCAAAGCCUAACGCCGGCUUGAAAACCUGGGGUCGCUUCAAUAAGCUGCCCUAUCCGGCAGACAAGGCUUUCCUCUAUGACACCUUCCCCAAGGACUUCAUAUGGGCGGUGGGCACGGCCGCGUACCAGGUGGAGGGCGCGUUCGAAAAGGACGGGAAGGGGCUCUCCAUUUGGGACACUUUUACGCGCGGCGGCACCCGAAUGAUCACCGGAGACGUGGGCAGCGACAGCUACCACAACAUCAACGCUGACAUCCGAGCCAUUAAACAGCUCGGGGUCAGCCACUACAGAUUUUCCCUGUCCUGGUCCAGGAUUUUUCCCAACGGUACCCGUGGCAGUUACAACGAAAUCGGCACCAACUACUACCGGACGCUCAUUAAGAAGCUGAAGGAGAUCCGCGUGGAGCCGGUGGUCACGCUCUACCACUGGGACCUGCCAGACCACCUGCAGCAGACCCUCGGCGGAUGGAGCAACCCGGAGCUCGUGGGAAUUUUCAAAGACUACGCCGAUUUCUGUUUCCAGGCUUUCGGGGAUGACGUAAAGUACUGGAUCACCAUCGAUAACCCCUUUGUGGUGGCGAGACACGGAUAUGGCACCGGAGUGGUGGCUCCCGGGAUAAAGAACGAUCCUGAUCUUCCAUUCCGGGUUGGACACAACCUGCUCAAGGCUCACGCAGCUGCUUGGCGUCUCUACGACCGCCACUACCGUCCACGACACCAUGGGAAACUGUCCAUGGCGCUGGCCUCUCACUGGAUCAAGCCCAGCCGCACUCGCCUGGAAAGCCUGAGAGAAUGUCAGUGCUCCCUGGACCACGUCCUGGGUUGGUUCGCCCGGCCACUGUUCAUAGAUGGGGACUACCCCCCCUGCAUGAAGUCAAGGCUGGGCUCACGUCUGCCCUCCUUCACGCCGGAAGAAAGUGAACAGGUGAAAGGAACAGCUGACUUUUUUGCCCUCUCUCACGGUGCGGCGCUGAGCUUCCAUCUGAUCAACGACAGCCUCAAGUUUGGGCAGCAGGAGGAUCUGGACCUGAGGAUGCUGCUCUACUGGGUCAACACGGAGUAUGACAACCCCCCCAUCUUUGUGGUGCAGAGUGGUUGGUACGUCCUCGGCAACACCAAGACAAAAGACCCAAAACACAUGUACUACCUCAAGAGGUUCAUCGCCGAGGCGCUAAAAUCAAUCGUCAUAGAUGGAGUGAACGUGAUUGGAUACACUGCCUGGUCUCUGAUGGACGGCUUUGAGUGGCACAGGGAAUACGGGAUACGACGGGGGCUUUACUAUGUGGACUUCAACACUCCUGACAUGAAGAGGGAGCCAAAGACAUCUGCCACCUUUUACAGAAACGUCAUCCAGAGCAACGGUUUCCCAGAACUUCCUGAGAACAGACCAGUACAAGGAGCCUUCCCCUGUGAUUUCGCCUGGGGUGUGUCAGCCAACUCAAUCCAG